GAAGAACAUACUGACGUGGAGACUCUGCUACUUAUUUGCCUUUUUUUCCUCAUAGCACAAUCCCAUAGUACAGGGGGAGUGUGCCUGCAGUUGGAUUGUUCACUCGGUGAGGGGGUGCAUGCGUACAAGCUGCUCAUUCAGGCAAACAGCGCCCAGAUCUUAAAUGAGCUUCAUUUAUUUCCAACAUUUCAUUUCUGCCGGGAGAACCAAGCGCGCUCGCUAUUGUUUGUCCGUCUUCUCUCUGUCUUUGACAGACUUUUCGCUUUCUUUUCAACUGGAGUAUUGAAUGCCUUUGGAAAUAUCCAAUACCUAUCUUAAUGGGAUUAAGGACUGGGCACCACGCAUUUUGGGAGGGUGUUGAAGCUCUUGGGGUGGUUUCCGGAGGGAAUUCCUAUUAGUCUCUCCUUGCAUGGGGCGAUGGGAUUAAAGCGAUUGAAGAAGUUUGGAUUGUGUACGAGUGACUCUACGCUUUGGUUUCACAAAAUGGAAAAGCAAGGCUACUCCGAAAACUAAAGAAAAAGAACAUACAGAAUUAAUCAAAGAGGGGAAAUGCACGGAGCCUUGGUUCUACUCGUUCUGAUUGAAGAAGGAUUUGCUUUGGCACAGAAAACAAAAGAGGUCCAAAAUGUCGGUGCAAAGCCUAAGACUUCAGCUCAGUGUGGACUAUGGAUUCGAAAUCACAAUGGAGGAUUCUUUACCUCUCCUAACUACCCUAGCACCUACCCACCGAACAAGGAAUGUGUUUACAUUUUGGAAGCUGAUCCACGUCAAAGAAUCGAGUUGACCUUUGAUGAACCCUAUUAUAUUGAGCCUUCUUUUGAGUGCCGCUUUGACCAUCUGGAAGUUCGGGAUGGUCCUUUUGGUUUCUCUCCCCUCAUUGACCGAUACUGUGGCUCCAAAAGUCCUGAUGUGAUUACGUCAACGGGCAGGUUCAUGUGGAUAAAAUUCACUACCGACGAAGAGUUGGAAGGCCUGGGCUUUCGGAUCAAAUAUGCAUUUAUACCAGAUCCAGAUUUCCAUUAUGUGGGAGGAAUCUUAAAUCCAAUUCCAGAUUGCCAGUUCGAGCUCACUGGCGCUGAUGGACUCAUUCGCUCCAGUCAAGUUGAGCAGGAUGAGAAAAUAAAGCCAGGCCAAGCUGUCGACUGCAUUUGGACAGUACGAGCCCCCCCCAAAUCAAAGAUUUACCUGAGGUUUCUUGAUUACCAAAUGGAGAACUCCAACGAGUGCAAGAAGAAUUUUGUGGCUGUUUACGAUGGAAGUAGUGCCAUAGAAAACCUGAAGGCCAAGUUCUGCAGCACGGUUGCCAACGACAUCAUGCUGGAGACGGGGGUCGGGGUGGUGCGCAUGUGGGCCGAUGAGACCAGUCGCCUCAGCCGCUUCCGAAUGCUCUUCACUUCCUUCAUCGACCCUCCUUGUUCCAGCAAUAUGUUUUUCUGCCACAGCAACAUGUGCAUCAAUAAUUCUCUAGUUUGCAAUGGAAUUCAAAACUGUGUUUAUCCCUGGGAUGAAAACUACUGCAAGGAGAAAAAGUCCAGCAGCCUGUUUCACCAGAUCACAAAAACACACGGCACCAUCAUCGGUGUGUCAUCUGGUAUUGUCCUGGUGCUGCUGAUCGUUUCCAUCUUGGUUCAGCUGAAGCAGCCUCGCAAGAAGGUGGUCGCUCGGAAACCGAUGUUCAACAAGGCGGGAUUCCAAGAGGUGUUCGACCCACCUCAUUACGAACUCUUUUCCCUGAGGGACAAAGAGAUCUCUUCUGAUCUGGCCGAUCUGUCUGAGGAGCUCGAGAACUACCACAAGAUGAGGAGGUCUUCCACUGCCUCGCGAUGCAUCCACGAUCACCACUGUGGAUCCCAGCCCUCCAGCAUCAAGCAGAGUCGUACCAAUCUCAGCUCCAUGGAGCUCCCUUACCGCAAUGACUUCUCCCAACCCCAACCCAUGAAGACCUUCAACAGCACCUUCAAGAAAAGCUGCUAUGGCUACAAACAGACUCACGACUGUGCUGAACAAGUCAUAGAAGACAGGGUGAUGGAAGAGAUUCCCUGUGAAAUCUAUGUGCGAGGCAGCAGAAAUAAUGAUGCAGUACAGCGAUCAAUGUCUAUUGACUUUUAAAAAAGGAGAAAUCUCUCAAGGAGAUCAAUACCUCUGCCUAUUUAUUUCUUUUUUUUUCACUCACAUGAAUGAAUUCUCAUGUGCUGAACCAGCCUAAUCUCCAGCCAGAACCACAAACUGCACUGUUCGCAAAACCUGAUUGAUCAGACUGGCUUUCGAAUUUGAAAGCAUCAUUUUGAAAUCAAUGGCAGUGGAAUUGUAAUCAUUUUAAUUUAUUUGUAUGGGUUUAUAAUUUUCUUCUCUAAAAGGAAAGAAAACGUUUUGUCUCAUGUCGUUGCUUGGCUUUUAAUUGAUGAUUUUUGUGUUGGAUAAUUUAAUGAAGAACUUAAUAGCCAUGUGUAAUGAUAAUGUAAAUAAGGCUACUGCCAUUAUUAAUCUAUAUGUCGAAGUCACUUCCUUCGGAUACUUGCUUGAACUACAUUAAAAGCAGCCCAUUAGACAUUAUGGAAA